GCUAAAGUUGUGCUUUUUAUAAGAAGAAAAGCACUUCUUCUCCAUCUUUUGCAGCUUCGUAUAUUUUUUGUGUAGGGUACGUUAAAUUAGUGGUAAAGAAACAGAUUUAGUGUAAUUAUACCAUGCGAACGCUUUUCUGACCCGCUUGCAAUUUUGCAUUUUGGUGGUGGUGAACGAAACAUAAAACUGUUAUUAGAGUCAUUCAAUAGUUAGUACACAGUGGACCUGACAUUCAUUUAUAUCUACAAAUAUGUUCAUUUGGGAUUGGUUUGCAGGAGUUUUAAAUUAUCUUGGUCUUUGGAAAAAGAGUGGUAAACUCUUAUUUCUUGGUUUAGAUAAUGCAGGCAAGACUACAUUACUUCAUAUGCUCAAAGAUGAUCGACUAGCUCAACAUGUGCCUACAUUGCAUCCAACUUCAGAAGAACUUUCCAUUGGAAAUAUGAGGUUCACAACAUUUGAUCUCGGAGGACAUCCCCAAGCUCGAAGAGUUUGGAAAGAUUAUUUUCCUGCAGUGGAUGCAAUAGUAUUCCUUGUUGAUGCAAGUGAUAGAUCACGAUUACCAGAAUCAAAAGCUGAAUUUGAUGCACUUUUAACUGAUGAACAACUUAGUUCAUGUCCAGUUUUAGUGCUAGGUAAUAAAAUUGAUAAACCAGGUGCAGCAUCAGAAGAUGAACUUAGAAAUUAUUUCAACCUUUAUGGUCAAACAACAGGAAAGGGAAAGAUUUCUCGCAGUGAAAUACCUGGUCGUCCAUUGGAAUUAUUUAUGUGUUCAGUGUUGAAAAGACAAGGAUAUGGUGAAGGUUUCCGUUGGCUUGCUCAGUAUAUUGACUGAAUGCAUACAAUAAUUUAAAUACUCAGAUUUGUGGCAGUUUAUUACAUUUCCCUUUCCUCUGAUUCAUAUUGGAUGUUAGUACUGAAGUGUAUUGUUAUCCUUUAUGUGAAUUGUGCAGUAGGAAAGGAGUAUCAAUAUAUAAACUGCAAUAACAGAUUCAGAACAGUGCAAAUAAGUAAAACAAAAACAUCCGAAAAAUACAAUUUGACAAACGUGAUAGAAUUAAUUUCUUUCAUUUUAAUACAUGGAGCCUACAAUCUAUAUAAAUUAUUUUAAUUCCAUAUAAGAAAGAGUUCUGUGAAUUUCUGUCAUUUGCAAAUCAUAUUAUGGAAGUACUUGAUAUAAUAAAAAUAAUAAACGUUUUGAUAAAUAAAGUAAUAAACUAUUUAAGAAUUUUAA